AUGGGAUGGGGCGUUGUGAUGGAUCAAAUAGGUGUGUGGGCUUCCUCUUGGGAUGAUCCAAAGGUAAAGGCUGAAACUCCUCAUAGCUUGCAAUCAGCUCAUGUCUGUCAGCGAGUACUUCAGCAAAUUAAAUCUGAAAUACAAAGCCCAAAUUUUCUGAAGUUGUUAUCGUUUAGGGAGAGUAAUGAACGCUUUCUUGUGAUGGUGAUGAUGGAUUUAGCUUGGAUUAGUAGUUCUCUUUCCCAAAACCUGGUCGAUAGUUUAUCUCGUUUGGUCCGUUUGCUUCAUCGUUUGAGUCUGGUCUUGAUUCGUUUGGAGUUAAUUUCUCUUUGGAAGUGUCCUAGAGUGUUGCUGCCCGUGCCAAGUAUUAUUAAUUUCCUAUCAAGUUCCCUCCCUUUAGCACCCUCUAACUCUGUCUUGGCUGGUAAUGGACGCCACGCUAACAGAGUAAUGGUUUGUUUGGGCUGGCUUGAUAGUUACCUUUGUCGAGAUCAGAUGCUAAGUUUACUUUGGACUCUAUACAAGACUCUCUUACCCAACCAUAGGCAAUUGGCCUUUAGAGUUAAGAAGACCGGCAUUAUGACCCUGUCUCUACGGAGUAGGUGUUACCGAAGCUUUUUCAACUCUCUACCUACCCAUUCACCAAUUAUCGAGUUCAGUCAUGUGUUAAUCUAUUGCUUGGAUAAUUUGCAAUCUUCUGGUAGGUUGGAAAAGUACGGCAUUAUGACCAUGUCUUCAAGAGGUGGUUACCGUCUCUUUUUCAACCUCGUUAACCCGUCAGCCUCCUCCGCGGAGCACCUUUCCAAAAGCUCGGAUGCAUUGUUUAUACACCAAUUGCCCAAAAGGGUGAAGAAGAACGGCAUUAUGAUCCCGUCUCUACGGAGCGGUGGUUACCGAAGCUUCUUCAACUCUCUAUCUCCGCCUCCCCUGAAAACCAAGCUCAUUCAUGUGCAAAUCAAAGAGUUCAGGUACAAUACUCAAACAUUUAAUAGCUUGAAGAAGAAUGGUAUUAUGACCCCGUCUCCGAGGAGAGGUGGUUACCAAAGCUUCUCCAACCUCUUUUAUCCGACAGCCUCCUCCGUGGAGCAUUUUCUCAAAAGCUCGUUUGCGUUAUUCGCGCGAGCCGUAUAUGACCAUCCGUUGGUCGAGGAUUUCGCGAAGCCCGUCUUCAUGGUCGAAUCCGCUAUGGCCUCAAAAGAUUCUUCAAACUUUGCAAACCUUUUUAAGAUGAGCAUCAUUUUGGAAAACUCAUGGAGCCUUUAUCUUUAUUCCUAUUGCAUUUCCUUAGCUACAGCUUGUAUGAACUUCCCUCUUUUGAGGUUUUAAGUGAAUGAAUGCU